AUGCCUCAGGCACCCGCUGACUCAGCAACCGCCGACAUUCGUCUCGGCGUCAACUUUCCCGCAAAUCAUCGUCCUCAAUCGGCAGACAGGCUCCCCACAUCCUCCUUCAGCGGGCCGAUUUCUCCGAUUUACGGCAGAUGGACUCCGCGAGCACUCGUUCACGUUUCGUGGGGUUUUAUACCGGCUGAACGCAGGCUGAUCUCCAUGGAUUUGGGGUAUCGGAACAUACUGGCACCGGAUGGGCCGCACUAUUCAAUCCCCCCGACCGACUUUCGGUCCCCCACUCUACCCCGGCCACCCCCGGUUAUCGAUUUCAUGCAGACAAGCUCGGAAUCUUGCGAGAUGGAGAAGGCUCCGCCUGUCACGGGCAAACGCCGAGGUGGCAGCCGAAAAGCCUGUAAUGAAUGUAAGCAGCAAAAGCUGCGGUGUGAUAUUGUUCAAACGCCAGCGGCGGCCUGUUCGCGCUGUCGCCGGCUUGGGAUAGACUGUAAAGUUGAACAGUCGUUCAAGCGCAUCUCUAAGAGAAGGCGCAAUGCUGAAAUGGAAAAGGAGAUUGCUGAUCUCCGCCGCCGUCUGGGACCCAAUUCAGAUCAAGAGCAAGGUGUAGAGUCUCAUGAGCCUGGUGAUGAAAUGUCCCAUUGCUCAGAGGAUGUCUUUGCUCGCCGUGACUCGGCCGCGAUUGACCAAUCUCGACCUGUCUCCGUGCCAAUUGAAUCUCAUUCAACUAUAGCAACCCCUUUGACUAUGAAAAGGGAUGGUUCUAUUGUAUCACAGGAUGAGGGCCAAUGGCGACUGGAAGAUGUUUCUCUCUCUAGAGCCCGAGUUCUUCGAUUAUUCGAACAAUACUUCACUUAUUACCACCCCUUUCUUCCUCUUUUGAAUCCACCCAAGCCCCCAGAGGUGUAUCUCAAUCGAUGCCCUCUUUUGGCGUGGACUAUGAUCUGUGUUGCGAGUCGACGGUCUCAAUAUGAGCCUGGGCUCUUGAGCGCACUGUCCGGACCAUUCAGCAGACUGCUUUGGGCAACCAUUACUAGUGUCCCGCAAGACUACCGGGUGGUCAAGGCCCUUUGCGUUCUGUGUACAUGGCCACUUCCGACUACAAGCCAGCGCACCGAUGCAACCUUCAUGCUCAGUGGCUUGAUGAUGCAAAUUGCCAUGCAGCUUGGGCUACACCGUCCGGUUCAAGCGGAAGAGUUCACAACUUUCCGCAUGGAAGUUCAAGGUGAAGCCCUAAAGGAUCGACUACAUACGUGGGUCAUUUGUAACAUCGUGGCUCAAAAUGUUGCGACUGGUUACGGCCAGCCACCGAGUACAAUAUACGACUGGGCCCUUGAGCCUGCCUCUUUGAGGGACGCCGACUACCGACUUCCUGAAGACCUGGUCAUUCGGUUGCGUAUCGAGAAGUUCUGCGACCGGGUGACAAAGGCGUUAUACAGUAGUAAACCCGAACCUGGGGAGUUUAUUAGCGCCGACAAGCUCGUGGUUGUGCAGGUUUUGGAAUGCGAACUCAGAGACAUGGAUGUCGAGUUUGAAGGAAAGAUCUCUGCAAUCAAUACGAUCCAUCUCCGAGCUGCAGAACUACACUUCCGAUAUUUCAUGUUUUUAGGAUCCACUGCGCGAAGUGACGAUCUUAUCAAGCUUUUCCUUGCGACAACCUCCUUCCUUAGUCGAGUAUUAGAUCUCGAAACAUCGCCAGGCGAAUUGAUCGGUCACUCCACCAACUAUAUUCUUCAAAUGAUUGUGUCGGCUGCUUUCGCUCUGAUGAAAUUGUUGAAGAGCAGCUUCAGUAGACACCUCGAUUUCAACCAUGGCAAGCUACUGUUCAACGGCGCGAUCUCAGCAAUUCGCCGAAUAAGUGUCAUGGAUCACGACCGUCCCAUUCGUCUUGCAGACAUUCUCGCUCAGAUGUGGAAUGCCACGAGUCUAGAACCUGCCGAAGAAGAUGCCCUACAGCUUAAAGUCCGCUGCCGGAUGAGCAUGAGUCAUGUGUACGACACGGUUUGGCGUUGGCGACAACGGUUCCGACCGGUGAGAAGCCUCGAAGAGAUGCAAGCUGCCGCCAUAGCAGCGAAUCAAGAUAUACUAGGUCCGUCAGGACAUAUGACGCGGCAACAUGAUAGCUCCCUGGAGGAUCAAUCUUUGAUGAUGCCAGCUCAGUUUGACGAAGGCGGAGCAUUUUUCAGCGAAUCUGGGUUCUCGGAAGUCUUUGAUUCUCUCAAUUGGGUCUUUGACGGUAUUCCCGACUCUUUCGUCGCACCUCCGGUUUUGUAG